AUGGUUGCGAACAACAACUCCCCUCAGGGUCAACGACACGAAGGCAGCCAAAAUGCCGCGACCAAGGUAAUGAACGAUAAGCCAACCAGCCAGUCACAAAUUAUGGACAAAAAGCAGUUUUUCAUCUUUGGUCACAACAUUUCUCAUUCCCUAUCGCCAACCCUGCACAAUGCCGGUUUCCGGGAAGUUGGCUUUCCACAUCACUACCAGAUUCACGAGAGUGAAAACGUCGAUCAAACAGUGGAGCAAAUCAUCAGUCGCCCAGACUUUGGCGGUGCAUCAGUUACAUUCCCUCACAAGUUGCAAAUCGGCAAACUCUUGGAUUCUGCCUCAGAACAAGGGCAGAAUAUUGGUGCUAUAAACACUGUUAUUGUGAAAGAGGCACAUGGGCGACGAGUCCUGCAUGGCGAUAAUACAGACUGGAUUGGCAUCAGAAGGUGUAUCCUAAAGUCUGAACGUCGGGACUUUACAUCAUCGUCGGCACUCGUUCUUGGCGCUGGAGGUGCUGCUAAAGCGGCUUGCUACGCUAUCCAAACACUUGGGUUUCGUGAACUCAUUGUCGUCAACAGGACCUUAUCCAAGGCCGAGGAGUUAGCAUCCAGGUUCUCAGAAUUAAAAACACGUGUCUUUGCUUCAUUAGAGGAAGCCGAGAAAGCUGGAGAUGCCGACAUUCGCCUCAUCGUGGCGUGUAUACCUGCUGAUGAUUUGGGAGAAGACAAGAUUCCUGUUGGCUUAUUCUCAAGACCCGGACAAGGAGUGUUAGUGGAGAUGGCGUAUAGGCCUCAAGUGACGGGAAUGAUGACAGUGGCUCAACGACACUCACAGUGGGAUGUGUAUAGGGGUGUUGACGUCCUCGAGGAGCAGGCGUAUGCACAAUUCGAACUGUGGACAGGCAAACAGGCUCCGGUAGAGGUAAUGCGGAGUGCUAUGCAGGCGAGGGUAGCAGGUGUUUAG